AUGGUGGAUCCGUGUGUGACUGGUGCUGUCUCCGCAGGGGGGACGUCCACCCUGCGCCUCUCCUCGGUGCGGGAGGUCCCGGCUUAUCUGCAGGAGCUGUACCUGCAGGGCUUCGUGCUGGCCGCUCUGCACCCCUUCAUCCAGCCCUGUGUCCCGGGACCAGAGAGCCCUGAGCACCAGCUGUACCGCGCCAUCCUGGUGCGACACGAGGGGGGGGACCGCGGACCCUCGCUCGGCCCUCAGUACCGACUGCAGCUGGAGGAGUGUGUGUGUGCGGAUCAGGAGCCCAGCCCAGAGCUCAUCCAGGGAUAUGUCAAGAAGCACAUCCAGGACGCCGCAGACCAGGGCGUGAUGUUCGUGGGCUUCAUCCAGGAGGCUCAGGGCGCCCCCAGCAGGAGGGAGGCGGACCUGCGCUCUCUGUCUCUCUCUCUGUCUCUGUCUCUGCACUCCAGCCCCAGCUCCGUCCUGGGCUCCCUCAACAGCAGCCCCCCCCACAGCCCUCCUGAGAGGGACAGACCGGCAGAAGGACGAGAGGAUGAGGAGGAGAGGAGCGCCACCUGCAGGUCGGAGGAAGGAACGCCAAGACUCAACAACAACGCCACAGAUGCCAAGGAGGGGCCACGCCCACAACGCCAGAGCCACGGCCCAGAGCUGCUGGCGUUGUACCACCUGCCUCCACCCAGGGAGCCUCUGCCUCGGGAACCUCUGCCCCCGGAGCCUCCACCCCGGGAGCCCGUCCCUCGGGAACCCCCCAUGCGCUUCUACACAGUCAAAGUCCCCCUGCGGCUCCAGAGCAGCUCGGACGGAGGGGUCAGCGCUCUGGACGGGCCCUGGCUCGACCACCUGACCCAGCACUUCAGCAGCGGAGCGUCCCUGGUGCACGGACACUUCAGCCUCUUGCAGAACUCAGAUGUUGGUCCCAAAGCUGUGGAGAGCGUGUUCAUCUUCCAGGAGCCCGCUGAAGCCGAGGCCACAGUUCAGGCCUUUGAUGCCAUCGUGGUGGAACAGUGGACCGUCAUCCAUGGUCUGCAGGUGAAGGCGGACUACGUUCCUCUGCUUCAGUCCUUGGCCUCGUUCGGCUGGAGACUGACGUGUGUGCUGCCCACCCCCGUCGUCAGGAGCAACAGUGACGGCAGCCUGUCCACCAAACAGAUCGUGUUUCUGCAGAGACCGGUGCAGAGCCGCAAGAAGAAGGACUCAAAGAAGCUGAUCUUCAAAGCCAGGAGCAAAUCCAACAAGAACUGCAUCAAAGACUCCGUCAAGAGCAAGAAGAGAAGCAAGAAGGAAGCGGACGAGGCCAACGGCAGGACCACAGAGCGCAACACGGACCACACCAACCGAUGUAGCGCAGAGACACAAGACGUUGGAGAACCAGAAGAACCACGAGAACAACCAGGAGAACCAGGAGGAGAACCAGGAGAACCAGGGGACAUGUCCACAGCCGAGGUGCAGGCAGAGACCAAAGAGGUGGUGGAAACAGGGCUGGAGACCGAACCAGAGGAACCAUCAGCCGAAAACGAGAUUAUCACAAAAGAGACUGAAGGGGAGAGCAACCAGAGCGCAUAG